AUGAUGGAAGAAAAUACUACCGAGAAUUCACCCGGUCCCACCCCAUCGUCGAUACUCGUGGGCUCUGUGUCAUCGACAAAUACCAACACAUCCUCCUCCCUGACAACAGCCGUGAUAACUGCUGCACCAUUAAAAAUAAAUCUUCGGGUACACCCGAAAGAAUUUUCUGAUCGAGAUUUUGUCAUAACUAUGGAUGGAAUAAAGCCUGGUCAAUUUUUGGAAAUCUAUAAUUUGAACGAGGAGUCGAACAACAGCAAGCAUUUCGUUUUCAGAGUUGAGAAAGAGUGCAUCAAGGAUAGGACGGAAAGAUCUAAUCUACCUACUCUACAGAUUUCAGUGGCAAAUCAUAUUGCAAAUCUAUUUAAGUUCGCAAAUAAUUCCCAUGUAAUGGUUCGAGAGAUUGAUGAACAGAUUGUUGCUUCAACCCACGAAGCAGACUAUAUUGAAUUUUGCUUCAAAGAUCAAUAUAUUGGUAGAAAGAACACAAAAGCGAUUUUUCGAUCUGAAUCCGCAAAAAUAUUUAUCCUUGUUCAAAUGUCUAGGGAAAUGUGGGAGUUUGAUGAAGAUGGAGAUCUCUAUUAUGAGAAAACAGUUGACGGAUUUUUCGUAGAUUUAUUUAAUCGCUUGAAGAAGAAUCAAACAAAUCAUGUCAUUUCGAUAGUGUUGUUUUCGAGAAUAGUUUAUGAUUAUAAUGAAGACUUGGCGGGUGAUGGAUCUUUUGUCAAUGAACCUCCGCUGAUGAGAGAUCAAGAGGGAAGAUGCUACAAGGAUUUCUAUAAGGUGAUAGUGGAUUGGGAAACGAAGAGUGAUUGGUCAAUGACAUUAAAGGAGUUGAAAAAUGAACUCAUGAAUUACCAACAAAACAUAUUGUUAAGAAAGAAGCAAAAAGGUGAUGGCAUAUAUCGUGUAUUGUCGGGAAAGAAUUCUUAUGCUUUCUCGGGUAACAUAUUGGAAGCCAUAAAUUUGGCAUUGAAUCCGUUUGAUAGGCAUUACGUUGAUCGAGAUUUAUCACACACGGGAUUAUCGAUAAUUGUAGUUACUCCUGGAUGCGGAAGGUUUGAGGUUGACAAGAAAACUUUAAGGAUCACCACGGAACGUAUGGUAGACAAUGGCAUAGGAUUAGAUCUUGUGUGUCUGUCGAAGGUCCCUCUUCAUAGGGUGCCUUUGUUUAAGUUCAAAUCUUUAGAAAUUUCUAAGGCCCGACAAAAAAUUUCUAAAGACCAACAAAAACUCGAACAAGAAAAUAAACUACAAACACCAGAUCAUUCAUUAUCAGAACUGCGAGAUCCUUUGGACUAUGAUGAAGAUCAAAAUGAAGCUAAUUAUUCAUAUUAUAAAACUCCAGAUUGGGUAGAUUGUACUUUCUACCCGGGUAAUCGGCACAAACUGCCUGGGCCCGACAAGUUUGUCACACAAUGUAAAAUGUAUGAAAUACAAAUGAUGGGCAUCAUGGAACACGAGAUAUCAUCAAUCCUUAUUCCAGAUUUAGAAGAAUCACCUUAUUCACGAGCGGAUAAUAUUUUUGAUUAUGAUGGAUAUGAUGAAAAUAUAUUUUCUAGUAGAUCAAAGCAAAAUGGCUUUAAUGGUGGACAUAGUAACAUAAAUUUAAAGCAGCAUUAUCCACAUAUGGAUUUCGAGUCCGCUAACCUUUCAAUUCGGUCACCCGACUACCCUCAAUCACAACGAAUAUAUGAUGAAAUUGCUCAGUUUCCAUCAAAGAAUCAAUUAUCAGAUAUGUCGAAAAGUUUUCCAAAAGCCUUAACCACCGUAGUCGCGCAUCACGGUCAGAAUUGGCAAUAUGAUAUAUCAAAACAAAAGUUCCAUUCAUUGCAUGACCACCAUCAAGAGGAUGGUUUUGGAUGUAACGGGCAAAUGACAGAGGAUGACGUAACGUACGUGACAAAUAGCAAAACAAAGCCGAUUGCUAUUCAUUCUCCGCAUAGAAUUCAGAGAAACUUGAACCAAGACCCACCACCAUCACAUGUAGGAAAUCACGAUUUUUAUAUGAAUGAUAAAGAAAACAGGGGCAAAUCACUUGCGAAUCCAUUGCCAGAGGAACAUACAACAUCUAGGCAGCUACAUCGAUCUACAUUUGUGAAUCCCUCCAAUCUUUCAAAGAAUAGUGAUGAAUAUGGUGUCGGUACGUAUUUAAGGUGGGAACACGCAUAUCCUAUACCGAAACAAAUAACCUUUAUGAAGUGGUCAGCAUUGUGCACACCGGCCAGUCUACCUGUGACCACCGAUUACUUUCCACCAAUUAAGGAGCAUAAUGAACACACAUACAAUAUGAGUCUAGAAAGAAACGAAGAGUACUUAUUAAAUGAAUUAAUCAAUCAACGUUUGUCUCAGGGAUAUCAAUUAAUAACACCAUCAAAUUAUCCGAAAAACCUCAAUACACAGUCAUACUAUCUUAGUAUGGGACGUCAUGUUCAUCAUUUGAAGUAUGAUCUGUCUAAUCAACAGGUAGAAGUUAAGAGGUACGUUCGCAAGAUUUAUUAUGACCAAAAGCCAAUUUCAUACACUUUUGCUAUAUUACCGAGGCUUCAAGAAUCUUAUCAAACAAAGAAAGUUGAAUUUUGUUUUCCAAAGGUCGACUAUAAAUGGAACGAUGUUGAUAAAUUAGUCUGUGGGUUUCACGAUGACAUCUUAGAAAGAAAUGAACUUUUAGAACAAUUGAAAUUCUGGAAAACGAGGUUCAUACUGAUCCCAACGGAAGGAUUUCAGCCGGGUAAAGCACCGGUAAACGAGGAAGAUAGAAUGGAUGGUAUAUUCAACUUUCUCGAGGCAUUCGAAAAGGCCGCAUGGGUUCCGCAUGAUGUGAGAACUGAUAACAAAAAUGAUAUUACAUCACUUUUGAGAUGCACUACAUUAGAUUUAUCGGAUUUUUUGAAAAACCCUGACGACCCGUAUCCUAGAAAUCCGGCAGGCAAUCCUGUGUUCACAAAGGAUUCAAAACCGGAAGACAUAGUUGCGGCAAUGCUGAGUCCUACGGCAGACCUAGUAAGGGACCAUAAUUGGCGUUUUGGAACACACCAAAAUGCCAUGCGUGGUAGUGAUUUAGUAGUUUGGUUGAUGAGAAAUUUUUCGGACAUUAAAACUCGAAAGGAUGCUGUGGAGUUUGGAAAGUCGUUGCAAGGUCGAGGAAUAAUUGAACAUUGCGAACAUAAGCAUCCGUUUGCAGACGGAUACAAUAUCUACCAGAUAUGUGUAAAGUAUGCGCCAAGGCGUCCUUCGCCGAAGGGUUUUUUCUUUAACCAUGUGUUGAGAGGCAACUCGGCAGCUCAAAGUAAAAAAUCACUGUCCUCUAAGGACAGUCGAAAUAAAGACGAGGUGGUCGAGUUAACAAAAGCAAUAUUCAUUGACAUUGAUCCCUCUAAAAAGAGUGAUCGAAAAGAAACUGCCACAUUACAUUAUGAUAUAAUCUAUAAUCCGGACAACUGUUAUCAUUUUCAGUUAAAUUGGCUCGGAUGUACAUCCAGUCUGAUAGAUGAAAUGUUAGGACAAUGGAGUAAAAUGGCCAAUAAACAUGGUUUAAAAUUGGUAGAGGCGCCUGUUGAUCAAGCGAUAAAUUUAUAUGACAACAAUCCAUUUCAAUUUCCUACGGUGAUACAAUUAUCAGUACCGCCGCCAUCGUUGGAACCAUUCAAGGAAAAAUUACGCUCCGACGUAGACCCUGAUUUAUAUUUUGAGGAACAAUUGGUGAAAAAGUUUGAGUUUGUAUUAGACGUUGAGGCAGAUUGUAAAUUUCCUGAUGAUGUGAAGGUCAAGUAUUCAUACUCAAGAACCCAUUACAAAUAUUCCCAAUAUAUACAUCGUACCGGUGUAGCGUUCAUUCAGAUAGGCAAGCCGGGUGAGGGAUUGUUCUUCGUGAACAAUCGAUUGUUUAUAACCAGGAACCCCAAGAAUCAGGCAAAUCCCGACCUGCUUAUGAAAGAUAUCCAGGAUUUCUGCCAAGAUGAGAUGAAAUUGAAGAAAUUCUGGGAAGAGGUGAUAAAAGAGAUACCUUUAUAUGACGGUGCCGAUAGCCAUGAAUAUUACGAACCAGAAGGUAAAGUUGACGAGGAUAAUAAAAAUAAUGGUAGUAAAAUUGUGAAUGGCAAGGUAAACGGCAAGAGUGGCAAUGAUAAAGUUGAAGAAGAAAAAAUCAGCGAUGAUAAAGUUGGUGAUAAUAUUUGA